CCAGCUAUGGAUUUCUAUUAUUUACCCCUUUCAGCACCAUGUCGUUCGGUGAUAAUGACAGCCAAAGCUCUAGGCAUAGAGCUAAACAAAAAACUUCUAAAUCUCUUCGAGGGCGAACAUUUAAAACCAGAAUUUUUGAAAAUCAAUCCCCAACACACCAUUCCAACGCUUGUGGAUAAUGGUUUCGCCCUAUGGGAAUCUCGUGCCAUUAUGAUCUAUUUGGUUGAGAAAUAUGGCAAAAAGGACGAUCCCCUAUAUCCAAGCUGUCCCAAGAAACGUGCCCUGAUCAAUCAACGUCUCUAUUUCGAUAUGGGAACUUUAUAUAAAAGUUAUGCCGAUUAUGCUUAUCCACAAUUUCGUGAAAAUAAACCUGCUGAUCCUGAGUUGUUUAAGAAAUUUGAAACUGCCUUGGAGUUUUUGAAUACAUUCUUAUCGCAAUCAAAAUAUGCUGCUGGUGAUUGUCUUACUUUGGCUGAUUUAGCCCUUUUGGCUUCUGUCAGUACAUUUGAUGUGGUCCAAAUGGAUCUUAAAAAAUAUGAACAUCUAUGGCGUUGGUAUUCGAUGCUUAAAGAAACUGCCCCCGGGGCGGAUGAAAAUUGGGCUGGUUGUUUGGAAAUGAAAAAGUAUUUUAAAAAGUGA